AUGCAGGAACUGCAGCUUGUGGCUCUUGAGAAGGCAUGGAGCGAGAAGUCGGUGUUCCCGCACGGUGCCAUGGUGACGGCGCGCUGCCGCCGGCCCGGCCUGUACAAGCUGCUGGGCAACUCGUCGCUGCGCUGCCAGAACGGCGCGUGGAACCCGCGCCUGCCCGCCUGCAUCCCCACCACCAUGCUCACCAACUUCACCGAGUACGCGCCGCCGACGAUCCUGGUGAAGACGCCAGCGGGAGCCGCCUCGAUGGAGCCCUCUGGCGCGGUGGCGGUCUUCCCGGGCACGACGCUGCACCUCGAGUGCCUCUUCUCGCGGAAGCUCGGCAACCCCGAGUGGACGUGGACGCCGACGUUCCGGCAGUACCUCACAGGAUGGGCGAUCGCGGCGGAGGAGCGUGAGUGGAAGUACCGGCUGUCCAUCUACUACAGCAAGCCGCAGGACACGGGCGUCUACACGUGUGCCACGCCGCGGGGCAUCACCAACAGCAUCGCCGUCCACGUCGCAGCCGUGCACUGCGGACCGCUGGAGACUGACGACACGCGGCUGACGAGCCGGAAGGAGGGCAGCCGCCUGGGCCAGCUGGCCGUCUUCCAGUGCCCCGCGGGCUUCCGCCUGCAGGGGCCCACCAACCUCACCUGUCAGGCCUCAGGUCGGUGGUCGGGCCCGGUGCCGCGGUGCGCGCCCAUCCUGUGCCCCAGCCUGGAGACGGACGACCCUCACCUGUCGCUGGUCGAGCACAACACCAGCUACGGCGGCCGCGCCGUCUUCCGCUGCUCCUGGGGCCACCAGCUCAAGGGGCAGCCCGGCAUCGAGUGCGAGGCCGACGGCCACUGGUCGGGGCCCAUACCGUCCUGCGAACCCGUGCUGUGUCCGCCACCGCCGGCGCCGCUGCACGGCCGCAUCGUGGCCGGCGAGGAGCGCUACCGCGUGGGCUCGGCCGUGCAGUUCCUCUGCGACGACCGCCACCAGCUGAUCGGCGAGGCCAGCCUCGUCUGCACCGAGACCGGCGUCUGGUCGCACCCCACACCCCUCUGCGAGGCCCGCUGCCCGUACCCCGGCGACCCGGCGCACGGCCGCAUCGCGCCCGUCAAGUUCUCGUACGAGCCGGGCGACAAACUGCAGGUGACGUGCGGCGCGGGCUUCGUCAGCCGGCUGGGCGAGCCGCCGCAGUGCCAGGGCGACGGCACCUGGUCGCUGCCCGUGCCGCAGUGCCGCAGCUACCGGCACGUCUGA